UGCAGGAGCAGGCAGGAGGAGAGAGGACGUGCUCAGAGGGGUGUCUGCUUUCUAACCACGGACAUUGAGCUGCGGAGCAUCCUGCGCCCAUUUGGAAUUAACACUUAUGAGCACCUCUCACUUUUUACUUUUCUUUUCAUUUAAGAAGAGACUUGCAGGGUGUGGAAGAUGAGCCAGUGGAAAGAGAAGCAAAAAGACAUGCUGGAUGUAUUUUUUGACUGUCAAGUCCUAAUGUGACAUUGCUUCACGAUAUGCAUGUGACUUUUUAGGAGAGUUCACUAUACACCAAGAUGGAUUUCUUGAAUUUCUCCUCUUUAGAGGAAGGGAUGGAGGCAGACAACAUCUCCACUAACAACACCUCUCAGAGCAAGUACACCCCUCUCGCCAUCUGGAGUCUGGCUGGACUUGUCAGUUUUCUAAUCCUGUUUACGAUAGUGGGCAAUGUCUUGGUCGUUAUCGCCGUUUUAACGAGCAGAGCUCUGAAACCACCCCAGAAUCUUUUUCUGGUGUCUCUGGCUAGUGCAGACAUCCUGGUGGCCACGCUGGUCAUGCCCUUUUCUCUGGCAAACGAACUUAUGGGUUACUGGCUUUUUGGUACGAUAUGGUGCGACAUCUAUUUGGCUUUGGAUGUUUUAUUCUGCACCUCCUCUAUUGUGCACCUCUGUGCCAUUAGUCUGGACCGCUACUGGUCAGUGACACAGGCGGUAGAGUACAACUUGAAGAGAACGCCAAAGAGAGUCAAAGGGAUGAUUGUGGUGGUGUGGUUGAUCUCAGCUGUUAUCUCCUUCCCGCCGCUGAUAUCGAUGGACAGGAGCAACAACGAGACAACCCCACAGUGCUUUAUAAAUGAUGACACCUGGUACAUCCUCUACUCCAGCAUCGGGUCCUUCUUUGCCCCCUGUGUCAUCAUGAUUCUGGUCUAUAUUCGGAUCUACCAAGUGGCAAAGACCAGGACAAGAACCAUGUCAGAGAAGAAAAGGGACGUGGAUUCACCACAGGAGAACGGUCGAACCGACACGGACAAAGCCGGUUCGUUUAAGUCUGAAAGAGGGGGAAGUGUUAAAGAGCUUGAUUGUGAAAACGGCCAUUGCAAGGAACACAUGGCCAGUUCGUCUGUGACAAACACUUCUAAAAACCGACACCACGACGAUUUCGACGACAGCAGUUCCUCUGACGAGAAACCCAAGAAAAGCUCCACGUCGUCCAAACAUCACCACGAUGACCGAAAAGACAGGAAGUCCAGCAGGAAAAGCAGCUCUGCCUCGAAAUUCUCCAGCAGGAAGUCGUGUGCCAGUUCCAAGUCCAUGGAGCUGUUCUCAUCUCGCCGCAAACGCAGAAGCACAGUCAACAGGAAGAAAGUGUCGGCAGCACGAGAAAAGCGCUUUACGUUCGUCCUGGCUGUGGUCAUGGGGGUUUUUGUUUUGUGCUGGUUCCCCUUUUUCUUCUCAUACAGCCUGUAUGGAGUCUGUAGGGAGAAGUGCAAGAUCCCAGAGACUCUCUUCAAGUUCUUCUUUUGGAUCGGCUACUGUAACAGCUCUCUCAAUCCGGUCAUCUACACCAUCUUCAACCAAGACUUUCGCAGAGCUUUCCAGAAGAUUCUCUGUAAGUCAUGGAAACGCUCUUUCUGACGGGCUUUAACAGACAUUUCAUCGGGCAGAUUACCGUUUAAGCGGUUCUUAGUUGUAGAGAAAAGUGGGGAAGUCUUCCCACCUUUUACUGUCAGGGAUUGUGCUUGAAAUGAAGGGAUGGCGACGGAUCAAAGGCUAAAGGUGCAGGAAAAUGCACCGCUUUUAUUCCCAGUCGAAGCUUUCACUGAAUGCUAGGCAGCUUUUUACACACAAAUAUUUGCUUCGACUAAACCACUCACAUUGAUUUAUGCUCCCUUCAUCGAAAUACAAUAAACUGACUCAUAACAUCCACUGUGAUGCACACGCAGGGCGACAAUUGCAACUGGAUGAACUGCUCAGGAGACGAAGGGUUUAUUGAGGAGACACUUUACUCACAUGAUCAUUGAACAUAAUGCCAAGACCUUGACAAUCUCCAAUUGUUAUACAUAGAUAAGACAAAAGACAAGACGAUAUCGUCUAUGGCUCUAAAUCUGUUUUUCCUUGACCUUUGUUGUACGUUUCACUCAAUAUGAGGACCAAUGGGACGAAGGGGCUCCUUUCUUACUCUUACUGUGUCAAAAUGAGGGAAAAACAGAACCACUUAUAGAAAUCUAUACGUGGAAUCUCAUACAGAAGUAAUAUAUCUGCCUCCGUGAGAGGUUCCUGCCUGUUCAUAUACUGAGAAUGAAGUGCCAACCUCAUCAGAAUGUGUGACUUUUUAUCCCGUACAAAUUCUGUGGACUCGGUGAAAUGUAAGGCUCUGUGGCACAAUGGGAAAGUCAUUCCGUGCAGGGCAUCUCUCUGGAACUACAAUAUCUCAUGAGUCUGAAACAAUAGAUGGAUGGAUCACUGCCUCCCUGCUGCGGCAGAUGGACAUGGCUCCUACUAUGUGUGUGAAAAAAAUGUCAAAAAGAGGUGAAAGUGUGGAAUGUGGAACUAUAUUGUUGAACGGUGUUAAUCCACACUGCCACUGUGUGUGCGAGUGUGUGUGUGUGUGUGUGUGUGCCCACGUGUGCGUGCAUGUGCGUUUGUGUGGUGCAAGCCUGAAUUUGGCACCAGGACUGAUCCUCUCUGCUCAAGUGUCUUUUUGUCCUCCUUGUCAGGCAGAUUUGAUGUUUUCCACCACCUCACCAAAGUCAGACACAUUAAAAACCUCUUACAAAAAUAUUGCUCGCUUUUAUCAUCUGCUGCUGGCACACAUAAGAAUGCACAUUAGACACUCUUCUCAUUUACAAUAUAUUCCUCUUGACAUGUCAAGCAUUUAUAGCCAGGAGGUUAAAUGAUUAUUUUCCCUUGUAAAUGUGUGGAAACAGUACAGUAUUAUUGUGCGGUGCUUCAUUAUCACCCACUUAUUGCUAUGAUCAACAACAUGUACUGUUUGCAUUAUGAACAAUGCGCUCAUGGAUUUUCACGCCACAUCAAACAGUCCUUUUGUAAUGUUUUAGAAGAGAAACAAGAACAAGUGUUGAUUUCUCUGCUUUGUGCUCAUUCUAACAGAUCAAAUAAAUCAAAUUGAAACUGUG